GCCAAUAUUCUGGGAAGGUAGCUUUUUUUUCUCUCUCAAGAGCUCUUCUCCCAAUGGAGUCAUCGCCGGCGGUCACUUUUUGGGCUGUGUGUUCCUUAGCUUCUACCUUUAUUCUUUUUAUUUUAUUUUUUUUGUGUACCGUCUUUAACCUGAUAGGUGUAGCCGUCUUGUCCUUUUUAAUUUUUGAUCCUUUCUAUAGCUUCUCAUCAUUCCCUUUCGGCUUCUUUUCUCCUACAUGCAAGUAGCGUGACAUUUGGUCCUUUCAAGUCGACUCUUCUGACCAUCUAGACUUAUAGUGAUCUAAACUAAAUCCUUUUCAUCCUUUCUUCUUUGGCUUUCCGUUUCUUUUUCCCUUUUUGCCUUGAACUUUCCCCUGUUUGUUUUCUUACUUUGUCUGCUUCCCCUUUCUUUUCUCCAAUCCCUUGUUUUCUUUUCUGUUUGUACCUUUCACUACACCAUCUUUCUCCUUGUCUUUUGUUCUAAGGGUUCCUUAUUUUUUUUCUUUGGUCCUUUGGCACCACUACCCCUGCUGCAUGCAAGGUGUCGCUACUGGUCUUGGACCUAUGGACAACAAUAUUGAAGCUAGAGAGUAUGGCUGGACAGAUAGCAGCGAUACAAACUAUAGUAGGGACAUGUCAGCAGAGGAGAUAGAGCCUGAUUUGCUAUCCAGUGAUGAUGAGAUUCCCUUUGCCAGGCAUGGGCCUAUCAUAAGACCUGAUCAAGAUGAUGUAACUGCUCAAAGAGAUUUCUGGAACAGAUGUGCUAUUGGCUUUCUCUUAGACUAUCGAAAGUUCUCGGUGAGUUAUUUUCAAAAUAUUAUUAAUGCUGCUUGGAGACUUAGAGGCCUAGUCACUGUGGUGGGUCGUGAAUCAUAUUUCUAUAUACUUCAUUUUAAGUACAUUGAAGAUCUUCAACAUAUCUGUAAUGAAGGACCAUGGGCCAUGGAAGGGGCUUUGCUAGUGUUAGAGAAAUGGAGACCUAACCUAGUGUUGAAACGUCUUCAAUUGAACUACAUUUCGGUUUGGGUACAAUUUCAUGGCCUUUCACUAGAAUACCAAUAUCCGGAAUUAGCAAAGUAUAUGGGUCAACUGAUGGGUAUUGUGGAACAGGUUGAUUGGGAGGAUAGAAUACCUAGAAAUAUUAGUUUCAUGCGUGUUAAGGUGAGGGUGGACCCGUGGUUACCAGUUAUUACAGGUUUUAGUUUAAGAACAGAUGAGGGAUCUAACUUUUGGAUUCAGUGCCGAUAUGAGAGAGUCCACAAAUUAUGUACUCGGUGUGGACUAAUAGGACAUACUCGAAGACAAUGCACACAUUGCAUAGAUGAUAUCGAACGAAGUUUGUAUAGGCAGAGAGUGAGAAUCCAAGAUUUGCAUCAAGUUCAAUUCAGGUUUGAUGCCUUACAACCACAAUUCUCAAAUGAGUUGCGAGCUUUUCAUAGGAGGUGGACAACACAAAUAAGAUUUGGACAUCUAACCCAAACCUUAGGACAUGCAGCACCUUUUGAUCCCUUCCCUGAGUACUCUAACCCCAGUACACCAAGUCCACUACAUUCACCCCAAGAACCCAGACUUGACACUACAAAACCACCAGUAAGUCAUAAUCAAACACCCGACUUCAACCUUCAAGCCACCUCUAAUUGUCAACCAAAUAACAAUGAAUCCAUUCUUACAACUGCUAUUAAUCUCUUAAACAUGAAUAAUAGAACUGUACCUCCUACAUUAGAAAACUCUCUUGUCUCAAGCACCUCAAUCCCUACCAACCCAGAGAUAGUUAACCAGGAGAAUGACCACGCAGCGUAUCAGCACAUGGAACAAGAUCACACAAGUAACAUGGUAGCAAGAAACAAUCUUUCCACAAGACCUCCAUGGGCACCACCUGAAAAUUCAAAUGUGACAUGGGCUUGGAUUGAAGGAAAUGAGCCCUUCAUAACCAAUGGACAAAGUCAGUAUCAAGAUUUUGAAGCAUCAGAGACAGAGAGUGAUACAACAGUAGUGUUGUUUAAGUUGGACAGCUUGAAUGAGGAAAGGCCUGAAACUGUACAAUCUCGGCCUUGGAUGAAUGGCUAUAUACCUGAGUCACCAGACUCCUUUAUUGAAUCUCUUGUGCAAAGAGUUAAUCAUGGGAGAUUUAGAUUUGAAUUGGGAAGUUCAAUCACUGGGCCGAGCCUACUACCCACUCAAAUUGAGGAAGCCCAAUCUAAAAAUGUAAACCCAACUAGCACAAAAGGCCAGGACCUAGACCAAUGUGUUGCUGCCACUGAUCCAAGCCCACAUGCAAACCUCUCUAGCUCUAGCCCAGCUUGGCAUACCGAAGGAAGGGUAAGGGAUCUUAGCCCUUUUGAAUUGCUCACCUUAGGCCCAAGCCUACCACUUCCUACUGCCUCAGAAUCAACUCCUUUUGCCAACCCCACCUUGACCUUAACUACACACCCUAUAAUAGUGCCAGAGGAGGAUAAUCUAUCAGAGAAUUCAAGGAAGAGGCUUAAGAAAGAAAUAGAGAAAAUUGGUAGAAAUAUUGGGAAAAUGCUAUGCUGUGGGUUAUUUGAUAAGGAAAGCCACCAAUCAAUAGUAAUCAAUCCUCAAAAGCUGCUAUCAACAACUGAUACAACCACUACUAAUGCUGAGUCAGAAAAUCUGUUCUGGGAAGCUAGCCCUCAACAGCUUCCCCAGCAGCCAUAAGGGCCCUAAGCUGAAAUUGUAGAGGGCUGGGCAACCCCUUUGCAGUUCUGCAAUGCCAAGAAAAGGCCCAAGAAUAUAAACCCAAUAUUUUGUUUUUGAUGGAAACCAAGCUGGACAGAGAUAAAGUUUUGGACUUUUUGAGGAAGUGUGAAUUCCGGAAUGGAUGGGAAGUUCCAAGGGAGGGACUCAGUGGGGCUCUUUUGCAGGGAUGGUUGUCAGAGCAGAAGCUCACAGUCCAACACAGCUCGAAGCACAUGAUCCACUUAGAGAUGCUGGAUUAAAAAGGACAGCUUACUUGUGUUUGAAAUCCUUCAUAGGAGAGGGGCAUGAACUCUUUUAUCUGCCUGAUGUGUGAUUCAGAGGUGGAGUCUGCCUUACAUCUUUCCUUACAUUGCACUUUUGCAAGAGCUAUUUGGUGUGGCUCAACUCUUGAAAUCAGAACAAUAGAGCUAAAUGCCUACUCAGUUAAGCAGUGGAUAUGGAAUUAUAUCAACACAAAUAGUAUCACAGAAAGUGCGAAGAUGGAUCUUCUACAGGUUGUGUUCAUUACCCUUUGAUUAAUCUGGAACCAUAGAAAUGUGGUUCUUCACAAAGGAAAGGUCCCCAUUCCUUUGGAAGUCGUGCUAAUGUUCAAAUCUCUUAUUUGCAGGUGCAGAGAGGCGUUUCAAACUCACCAGGAUCAGAGGCAAAUAUACAAGCCAAAGCAAGUAUCUCCAUGCUUACUCAAAAUUGGCAAGUCCUGAUUAAGGUAGCUGCUUCCAGGAAUAGAAGAACAAAAAGAUGUGGCUUUGCCUUUGAAGCUAGGAGGAUGGAUGGUGCUCUACUCUUUAGAGGUGGUGCUAGCUGUGGAAGACCAACUCAGCACCUUGCAGCUCAGGAAGCUCUAGUGGAGGUUCUGAUCAAAUCUACUGCUAUGAAUCUUUUUAGAGCUAUUAUAGUGAGUAAUGACCAAAAACGAGCUGAAUUAUGCAACAACCACAGGAAGGCGACUUGGCAGGACCAAGCCUUGGCAAUGGAUCUCCAAAAUCUCCACCAACAGGGUCUGAUCACUCAUUUUUUGUUACUCCCUAAUGUAGUGAUAGGCCAGGUUUUGUUUCUAGCAGGAAAGCCACAUAGUUCCCUGUCCGAUGCUUCAAGCAAUAUGUGUCUAUUAAUGACUAAUCCUUGUAGCUUGUCUAAACUUUGUAGUUUCUAACUUUUAUCUUAUAAUAGCUGUUGACUCAGUUUUUAUACCCAAAAA